GGCGGGAGCCCUUCCCGCCUCCCCGCAGGGCGGAGGCGGCGGCGGCCGGGGGGACCCUGUGCUCGGCCCGGCGGUGGCUCCGGUGCCCCGGCGGGACGAGGUUGCCCCUGCCCGAAGCGCGAGUGCGGGAUCGCUCCGCCGGAGCCGUGCCCGGGGCGGAGCCCCGAGUGCCGCGCUGAUGAUUCGGAGUUGAGGUAAUGGCAGAAGUCGGUCUGUGGGGCACGGCCGGAGGUCCGGAGCUCGGUCUGCCGUGAUCUGCGCCGGGAGCGCCGCGAUGGGGAACAGCGGCUCGGCCGUGAAGGUCUGCACGGAUCACCAAGGCGGCAUCAACUGGCUGAGCCUGAGCCCCGACGGGCAGCGGCUGCUCACGGGCAGCGAGGACGGCACGGCGCGGCUCUGGAGCACCGCCGACAGCCAGUGCCACGGGCACUUCCAAGGUACGGCAGCGGCUUUUCGCCUGGGCUGAGGGUCGGAAGGAUGGCACAGGCCACACAGCGUGUUCUGGUCUCUCUCAGUCCCUGCCGGGCAGCCAAAAUCAUGCUGGUUUUGUUUUGGUGUUUAUUACAGCAGCGUGAAGCGGGACCCAACACAGGUUACUACUGAAUGCACGGAUCCUUUUAUCUCAGGGUGCGCAAAGUUGUUUAACUUAUGUCACUUUCUGGAAGCCCUGUUUUACCCUGUGAAGAAAUAUUGAAUUUUUGUUAUUCUCUCCCCCCUUUAUUUUUUUUUCUUUUGUUACUUUUAAUCACCUUAUUUCCAGGUUGAGUUUAUUUAGAACCUCUUGACCCAGAAGUCUGGAAAGGAACCUUGCUAAAUAGGUUUCUUCUGUUUUCCCUCCUCAUCUGAUGCACAGAAAUGUUAAUUGCUGGGCUUUUUCAAUUUAAAUUCAAUUUACAUCAUAAAAAAAAGUUAUUCUUCUUAGACUGGCAUGUCAGUAAUUGAAAAGAAAAAAACUGGAGACAGUGGACAUGCAAAAGUUUAGAUGUGGGCUAAAGAUGUUUGUAUUCCCACUGAUGUUCUUUUCAUACAGAAAAAAAGAAGCUGUUAAAUUUGGAAUUUCUAAUGUUUUUUUCUUCCAAAGAAGAAAUCACAUUGCUGUGAUUUCCUUGUUGUUUGUUUGCUUGCUUGGUUGUUUUUCACUAUGGAGUAUUGUCUUUUUUCCCCACAUCCUGCCAUGGUUCUAGCUUCUGGAAAACUCACUGCAUUUGCUUUAGGCUUAGAAAUCCCUUUAAACUAGAAAAAGAAAUGUAUUGAAUAGCAUCCAUUAUUAUGGAAUCUGCCAGUGUUUGGAGUAAACUCUGAAGAAGGUUGGGCUGAGUGGUUUGUGAGCUGUCAGUUGAAUCAGAUAAUUGUAUAUAUUUUAUACUUAUGCACACAUGCAGUUGUCAUGUCAGUUUUAAUUUUACAAGCUAUAAUUACUGAUAAACCUGUAUGUCUAAUGCAGUUUCAAGCUCCACCACAGCACAACCAGCAGACUUGUGUGGUGGCUGCUUUUGGCCAGACCAGCACCAGACCUUGUCUGCCACAUGGGGUUUUGGCACCCUGUGUGUGGGUCGAGUAUUACUGAUGGUUAAAAUCUGCCUGGCAGACUUUGGUGCAGUAACCAAGAUGCUGUUUUGAUCUCAGAGCUGGAUUUCAUGAUGCUGUGAGAAAAAUCCCAGUGAUUGAAACCCGAUCCGUUCAGGCUGCUUUGCAGAAAGUUUCACAAAUAUGGGAGAACGAGUGUAGUUUUGCUUAUAGCCCUGGUGAUCUGUUUAAUUUUUGGCAUCUGAUGAAUUUGUUUUAGAGGAAACAAGCCAUAUGUUUGUAACAUGGAUUCUGGUUUGCUUUUGAACUACAACAAGGCUUUUGAACUUCAGGAAUUGUAGUGAAAUCUGUUUUUUGCAGUCAGUGAAACAGCGCUUUACUGGGCAGUCUGCUUUCCCUCAGUUCUUUACCAUCUCUUUAUUUUACAACAUUCUGUUUUUCUAAUACCUUUGGCUGUCUCUCUUUAAUCACAACUGUCCUUCUUUCAUUUAUUUUUUUUCUCUUUUUCCUCAAAGAAUAGUGUUUAAGUCACAGUAGGGCCCACCAACUUUAGCCAUAACUGUCACUCUUGUAACAGUGACUUAAGUGGAAACAUUUCUGCUCCUAAAAGCUUACAGUCUAAGUGUUAGAGCAGAAGAGUGCAAGGUAAUAGUAGUUCAAUGAUUAGAUAGGUGACAGGAAUUUCACACAAGAGAUCUUGGAUGAAACUGGGACUUGUAUCCUAAGGUGAUUUUUACAUGUGGUGCAUUUACUUUUGCAAUAGAAAAAAUGACACAUCUUGCUAAGCAGCAACAAAAGCUUGAGGUGGUAAUAUUGAUUCCUCUCGUUUGAUAUUGCCUUGUUUGUCAGUGUGAUUUUUUUUUAAACAGUAGUUGUCUCUGUUUUUAUUGUAACUGUAGAAUCUCUUGUACUCUACAUAUUGUGUAAACAAUUGUGCACUAAUCCUCCCUCCCUCCCUCCCUCCCUCCCUCCCUCCCUUUCUUUUCCUUAAAGGUAUACUUAUACUUAGAAAAUUGUGGGGUUUAGUCAUGUGGGGGAAAGUAUUGUCUGACUCUUUACCUGGUAUGUUUUUUGUUUGCUUUUCAUUCUGCCUGGACAAUGAAAUCAAACUUGCUGGACAUGAAAGUUACAUCACCUUUUGCCACUUGGAGAACGAGGCUGCCUUCACGUGCAGUGCUGACCACACCAUUCGCAAGUGGGACGUGGUGACCGGGCAGUGCUUGGCCAUUUACCGAGGCCACACAUCAAUUGUCAACAGAAUCCUGGUUGCUAAAGACUAUCUCUUCAGUGGCUCCUAUGACAGGACAGCCCGCUGCUGGAGCGUGGACAAGGAGAAACAAAUCCAGGAAUUCCGGGGCCAUCGGAACUGUGUCCUGACUCUAGCUCACUAUUCCUCCAGGGAUGUGCUGGAAGAAGAGGAGGAGGAAGAGGAGGAGGAGGAGAAAGUGAGCAGGGACCUGCUGGUGACAGGGAGCACGGACUGCACUGUGAAGGUCUGGUGGGUGUCCAGCGGGCGCUGCUACCAGACCCUGCUGGGACACACUGGGGCCGUCUUAUGCCUUAUACUUGAUGCACCAAACAGGGAGCUGUUCUCUGGCAGCACGGAUUACACCAUCAGGACCUGGAAUAUUGUCACUGGAGAGCAGCUGAAAGUCUUCAAAGAGCACCAAGGAUCAGUAAUUUGCCUAGAGCUGGUGAAUCGUCACCUGUACUCGGGGAGCGCGGACAGGACGGUGAAGUGCUGGUUUGUAGACACUGGGGAGCGGAUCCAGACCUACAAGGCUCACAAACACAGCGUUAGCACUUUGAAAUACCACGCUGGCAUCUUGUUCACAGGAAGUGGUGAUGCCUGUGCAAGAGCUUUCAAUUCCAGGAGUGGAGUCCUGCAGAAGAUCUUCCGAGGACACAAGUUCAUCAUCAACUGUAUCCAGAUCCACAACGAGCUGCUCUACACGGCUUCCCACGAUGGCACACUGCGCAUCUGGGACAUCCGGGGGAUAUGCAAGAGGAGUAAGCGGCGCUUGAAGAAGGAGAGGUCUGUGCAGGGCAGGAGCUCCCAGAAGGGCAGUCUGUCUCGUCUCUUCAACAACAAAGUUGGCUGUAUGAUACAGCAGGAGCAUGGGGAACACGAGGCUGUUGAACUGAUGUGACUGUCCAGAGCAGGCUUUAUGUCAGUGACCAAAGCUGAGCCUUUUAUUUUCUGCACCACUGUGUCCAUGCAAGCUGGAAUUUGGAAAGAGAUGGGAAGUGGCUUUGCCUGAACCUCUGUGUGAGGAGCCAGGAUUCUCUGUGGCUCCAGAUGGACUCAGGUCAGAUCCUGUGGCUGUGAUGGCUCAGCUGAGCAGCUCUGGGGUCGGGAGGGGAAGCAGCGGGAUUCAGGUGAGGUAGCAAAAAUGUGUGAGUGCAAUUAGGAACUUUCCUUACCACUGCUGGUGUCAGUUCCCUGGGCACAGAGGUCUUUCACCUCUGGCUGCCCAGUGUCUAAUGAGAUGUUUUCCCGUUCCUGUUGCCCACUCCCAUGCCCCCUGUCCAGCCCAGUGUGACAGUGGAAGGUGUCCUGCAGUGAAAGGUGACCUUGAAUUCCAUCUUCACAGCUGACCUUUGGCUCAGUCAUUGGCUGACAAGGCCAGCGCAGGAGGGUUUGGCUCUGCAGCAGGACUUUAAAGCAGACUGGACUUCUCUCUGGGAAGCUGGGAGUAGUAGGACAGAAAUUAAUUAAAUUGUUUUUUCUAACAAAACAUAAGCCAUGGAGCAAGCUAAACCUCAGCCCUUUUGUGUCAAGGUCACCUGUUUGCUGACCUUGUGUUGUCUUUCCUCCUCCCAAAGCUGUGUCUUGCUAGGUUGCCAGUGGCAUUGGGUAAGCAGUCAAACUCAAGAGUUUUCCCAGUCUUUUUCCAGGUUCAUCCUUCUCUGAUAACCACUGAGCCAUGAAUUAACAAGGGUUCUUAUAUUUUUCUAUUUGCAGAUAUAACUCGUUGUAGAACCAGUACAAAAAUAUCUAACCACAUGUUUUUAUUUUUAUGGUUUUAUUUAUUCUGUACUACAGCAAGAUAAAAAUGCUGUAAUCCUUUUUUUAGAAUGGAUUAAUAAACAUGUGGCAUCUCCAGACAACUGACUGUCUAGGUUUUACUUUUGUCUUGUAUAUGGGAGGGUGUGGCCUGGCUGCAGAAGCACAGAAGUUAAGAAUGGAUGGAACAGGGGGAAAAAAAUCCCCACAUACACCUUUGGGAACAUUUCUUGCCUUUCCCUCAAUGCUGGGAUUGGAGUUGGGUGUGUGUGGAGCUGUCCUGCCUCCCACCAAGCACCAAAGUGCAAAGCUCAGUUCCCCCAUCAGGGGAAGGGGAGACCAGACACAAAAGCACAGACUUAAGGGAAAGCAGGGGUAACAAAAAGCUACAAGCCCUGACUCAGCACUGCCCUAGUGGCACCAAAGCCUCCUGUUCUGACACUUGUGUCAGUGGGUCAGACCCAUCACAGACCCUGCUCUCCUCUCCUGCUGAGCAGUUUUGGCAGUUCUUACCUAGCAGGUUUCCACAUCUAGCAGGAAACAGCAUUUCAAUUUUGUAAAAUGCCUACCAAGAGACUAAUUUGGGAGGUCAUCUGCAUCGUGCAGACUUAAUUCCAAUAUAAACCUCUCAGGCUGGUCAUUGUGGCUCAGUUGGAUGUAUCUACAAGCUGCUGCUGGUUCGCCAUGCAGCUGACUGUUUGUAUUUUGCUUCUGAGGACAACAAAGUAGAAGGCCUUUAGGAGCUGGAUGGAGUUCCCCAGACCACCUGGGCUGUAUUUUGUGUUUAAAACUUCACACACAGUACAUGAGACACAAGAACCUAUCUGGGCACACAGCAGCUGCACACGCAGUCAGCAGAGAGAGAUCUCAGAAAGUGGAAUUAAUGAGUCAUUACCACUUCUGCCUGUUGCUAAACAUAUCACAGUGCCUCCAAAUGCACGGUCAAAAUUAACUUCCAUCUUUCAGCCAAUGCCUCCUGCUCUGCUGAUCACUUACAACUGUGCUGGCAGAGUUACAUCAUUGAUGAAUGGCUGCUCUGACAAGCACUGCAUGUUAUGAUGCUAAUUUUAAAUUCCCCAAGGACAAACCUUCCCUUCUGAAGUUGUCGCUGCCAGUUUGCUGUGCAAGCCACUUCAAAGAGAAUUGCUGCAUGUGCAGCUCACUGCUGCCUUCAGUGCAUGCCCAGGGGCUGGCAGCCAAUGCCAGGAGGUUUGGGAAGGGGGGAGCAAAUUUGUGUUUCCACCUCCUUCUUGUUAAAACUACAUCCAUGCAUGUUUUCAGAUCUAAAUUCUCUGUUCUGUUUUCGCUCUGCAUUUUAUCCAGGGGUUCCUCAGUGCUGGCCUGUAAAGAAAACAGGAUAUAAUGGGCGCUGGGGCUGGUUUUCCCUCAGAAGCUCAUACUGCUGGCUUUGGACAUCCUUCAGCUUUCAGGGCAGAGAUACAAAGCCAUUCAAUUUUUACAGCACUUGCCUUGAUAGAGAAGAAUGAAAUACAAAUAAUUCCUUAACAGUGUAAUCACCACCUGGUUUUUGCUGUGUUUGGCUGAGGGAAUCGCCAUAAAGCCCAAGCCUGUGCUGCAGCCGUUCAUUGCCCGCGCUGGAGCUGAGCAGUCAUUCCGCAGGCCACGGCCCCGCUCCCUGCAGCGCACAGCAGUUCACGCCCUCAUUUCCCGGCCGGCAAGUGCCGGCUGAGGAGACACUGGCACCACACGGAGGGCUGAUGUUCUGGCUGGAAGCGGAAAGUGCGGCUGCUUCCCUGCUCCCACCGGCUCCAGACGGGGCCUGGGCUCCCUCUACCGAGAGCGUGGAGCCAUGGAAAACGAAUAGACCACGUCCAAGCAAAGCUGCCGGGCAGAGGAAUGUCUGUUGCCGGCACAGAGGAGGGCUCACACGGCAGGAAACGGGAUGUUAUAGAACCACAGAAACCCCAAAAUGCUUCUUCAGAACGCUGGAGCUGGACACAACUACCGAGACAGCACCUGAACCAAGCUCUGUUCAACAGCUGAUUGCAGAAUAUCCUGUAAUCCCCCAGAAAUCCAUCAACCUUAAGCCACACACCUGCAGAGGUA